GCCAAAAGUGAUUACAUUUUUUGAAUUUCUUAGUCACUCAGGGUUACGGACAUUUCCUUUUGCAUCAAUUUGACACCAUAACCGGUCGGUUAAGGCCUGGGACGGUGAAUCCAAGGACGCACACGACCCGUCUGCUGAGGAGGAACAAACUGAGGAGGUGGAUUUCAGUUUGAGAAACAGAAUAUUUACCAGGAAGUCACCGAAGAGGGAACACACACACAGAAGAGAGAACACACACUCCGCUUCAAACCUGGACCACCGAUAGAUUGGUGCAGGACUCCACCGUGUGAAUAAUGGAUAUUGAUCCGGAAGUGGCCCCUGGGCUGGAGCCCGCCCCCCAGGACAGGGUGAAGGACCUAAAGAGGCAGACCGACGAGGUGAUUGAUACCUUGGAACAAAACAUGAAGCGCCUGGUUAAACGAGAGGAAAACCUGGAAGGCCUCGAGUAUAUUUCCAUGGAGCUGGAGGAGGAGACCAAGGUCUUCAAGCAGACGGCCAAAAAGGUGAAGCGCACCUACUGGUGGAAGAGCCGUAAGCUGGUCGUGGUCAUCGUGGUGGGCGUCCUCGUCAUCAUCCUCAUCAUCGUCCUGCUGGCCACAGGGGUCAUCCCCGCGGGCUCCUCCUCCUCCACGCCCCCCCCAAUGCCCACCGCCCCCAAACCAUGAACAUGCACACCCUCACGUCAGUAGCAGCACCAGAGAGUUAUGCUUGUGGGAGGUAUGGGGGGGCUAGAUCGUUUAUAGCAGGUGCUAAUAAAAAGUGUUAACGCAACAACAAAUAACAAAUACAA